AAUCAACUCCGCCGCCGCCGCCGCCGCGUCCAAAACCCUUCUCCGGCCGGUGUGUCGCGUCGUCGGCCAUGAAGCGGAAGCAGAAGCCCGCCGCCGCCGACGCCGCCGCCGAAGUCGACGCCGACGAGCCCUCCCAAGCCCCGCUCCCUCUCGAGGCCUUCUCGGGUGACGUCUGCGCCGCCCUCACCGCGCGCUACGGCCGCUCCACCGCCCCGCAGCACCGCCACCUCCUCGCCUCCGCCGCCGCCAUACGCUCCAUUCUCGUCGACGACGGCCUCCCCGUGACGCCAGCAUCCUACCUCCCCGCCGCCAUCUCGGCCCUCCAAGCCGCCGGCUCGGCUGACCCCGCCGCCGCUUCCGCCCUUGCCUCCCUCCUCGUCAUCCUCCUGCCCAAUAUCCCCUCGUCCCCAUCGUCUCUCCCGCCAGCGUCCGCCUCCGAAUCUGCCUCAGCGCUCGCCGUCUUCCUCUCCUCGCCCGAUGCAUCCCAGCUACCCACCGGCACCGUGCGCUCGGUGGUCAAGUCCCUUGGCCAUUUGGCUUUCCAUGUCGACGCUGCAGCCGAUUGGGGCUCUGUGGCCUCUCCUCUGGAGGCUCUCCUUGCUGCUUCCGUCGACCAGCGGGCCAAGGUUCGAAGGUGUGCACAGGAGAGUGUGGAGAAGCUAUUUGCGCACUUGAAACAAUGUGGUUGUGGGAAGAAAGUUAGUAAUGCUGCAAUUGGCAUGUUUGAUAAGCACAUUGCAUCUGUGAAAAAUCAUGUCAAUUUGAAUUCAGAUGCUUCUGAGGGUAAGGAGAUGGAGGCUGCAAAUAUGCUAAGUGCAAUGGUUGUUGUAGUUCCAUACCUAUCAAAGAAGGCAAUGAAGACUGUGUUUUCAGAAGUUUAUCAGCUGUUAACCCCUUGUUUUAGUCCACUUACAAGGCAUGUCUUGAAGCUUAUGGAGACCUUGUUGGACCAUCUGAAGGCUGAGAAUGUUGAGUCAGACUUGGUGAAUCUUAUCCCAUUGUUGUUGGCAUACCUGAAUUAUGAUGAAAAGAAGCCUGAUGAUACCAUUGUCGCAGCAUUGAAGCUGAUGAAAAAUUGCUUGGCGAAACUAGUUGGUCGACCAAAUUUGUGGAUGGAGGUUCUUCCAUCUGCAUUUGAGGCAGUUUCAGGAUACCUGAUUCUGGACAGAAAAUGUUCUGAAGAUAUAGCAGGACUGCUACAAGACUGUAUUGAUUCUCAUAUUGACCGGAAUAUUAUUUUGACUGGAUCACAGUUAUGCGAUCGUGAUUAUGAGAGCUUAAGUGAUGCGGCUGCUGUUAAAUCAAUCUGUUCAUCGAUUAAUAACAUGCUUUGCGCAUGUGCUUCUCCUCCCAAUAGUAUCUUAACAACGGCCUUGGUUUUGUUUCUGAAACUUGGGGAGAGUUCGUAUGCCUUUAUGAAAAAUAUAAUACUUACAUUGUCACAAAUCGCUGCGAAAACAGACAAAGAAUCAGAGCGGAAGAAUGUUGAAGAGUGCAUUGGGGCAGCUGUCAUUGCUUUGGGGCCAGAUAAAAUCCUUUCACUAAUUCCAAUAGGUUUUGAUGAGGACCGGCUAACAUGCUCAAAUACUUGGCUUCUGCCCAUUUUAGAUAAGUAUAUCUAUGGGGCCUCACCACAACAAUUCCUAGAGCGCAUUGUACCUCUAGCAGAAUCUGUACAACAAGCUUCUAACAUGGCCAAGUCAGCACGGAAAUGUGAAGACUUGAAAUCAUGUUCCAAUCAGCUGUGGAAUUUGCUUCCUGCCUUCUGCCGCUACCCAGUUGAUAUAUGUCAGAAUUUCGGUUCUCUAUCCAAGUUGCUACUAGAGAUGUUGAAAUGUGACAAGUAUCUGUACAAAUCCGCUGUUAAAGCCCUGCAGCAACUUGUAGAUGGAACUAGAAGAUUAAGUAGCAGUGAGCAAAACAGAGAAAUAUAUGUGGAGCUUUCUACUUUGUUCUCCUCGAAAAUUAUUAACUUAAGCUGCCCAAGCUUUGAGAGGUGCUCUAAAAAAGAUGCUCGUAAGAACAUGAAAGUUCUGGCAUCACAUUCUGUGUAUCUUCUUUCUACUGUCACAGAUUAUUUUCUAGAUUCUUCACCAGAGAAGCGUUCUCAUUUGAAGGAUGCAUUGAGAUGUUUGGCUCAACUUUCUGGUAGCACGAACAUUUGCAACCUUUUCCUUUCACUGGUUAAAAGAUUUGGUUUAGAAGAUACUCAGUCAGAGCAAGAGAAUAUUGAAUGCCAAACUAAUGAGGUAGACAAGAAGGAUGAAGAGGGUACUGAUGUAGAUGAGGAGAAAAAUAAAAAGAGGUCUCUUGUAAUGGAACUUAUUUCGACAUUCGCUGAAGCUGCUGACGAGGAUCUGCUUGAUUUGCUUUUUGGAUUUGUCAAAUCUUCUUUACUGAACAACAAGCAACCUUGUGAGGGCAAAGCUCUAUUUGCUCUAAGCAUAAUUUUGAAGGAACACAAUGAAUAUUCUUUGGCUCGGUUGGAUGAAAUAAUGAUGCUUCUUCAUGGAAUAAAGGCAGACUUGGAUAAUGAAGUUUUAGAAGGCCAAUUAUUAUGCUACCAGUAUUUGUUGGUUCACAUGAUUAAGGCUAAUGAAGAGAACACGAGCAAGAAGGCGUUCCUGAUUCUAAACGAGUUAAUAGUCGCGUUGAAGUCCAAGAAGGAAAGUAGAAGAUUGGCAUAUGAUGUACUCCUGGCUAUUAGUAAUAGCUUGAGAAGCUCUGAGUCAAACAGUGAAGAUUCAGAUCUUCAACGACUAUUCACAAUGGUGAUGGGAUAUCUUUCAAGUCCAGCUCCACACAUAGUGAGUGGGGCAAUAGCUGCACUAUCGCUGCUUAUAUACAAUGAUGCUAACUUUUGCUUGGAAGUUCCAAAUCUGAUACCAUCAGUUUUAGUUUUGCUGAAGCAUAAAGCUAUUGAAGUAAUCAAGGCAUCUUUGGGCUUUGUAAAGGUGUUGGUAACAUCAUUGCAUUCAGAAAAACUGUUGGAAUUGCAAGCAGAUAUCAUGAGCGGCAUAUUACCAUGGUCGUCUGUUACAAAACACCAUUUCAAAGGAAAGGUUGUGUUAAUAAUGGAAAUACUGAUUAGGAAAUGUGGCUUUGAUGCUAUCGACUUAGUUACACCUGAAAAGUACAAGGCUUUUGUUAGAAGCGUUGAAGAGGGCCGCAAGGGAAAUCAUAAUCCAGCAGAUGGCGCAGAGUCUGAGGCACAACAACCUACGCAACAUGCUGCUAAGAGAAGAAAACGGUCUGAUUCUGAUGUUGGAACUGGACAAGAGGGAACACACACUCGGGCGCCAUCGAGGAGUUUGCCAGCUGGAAAGAAGGAAUUCUUCGUUAAAGGGGCCAGGAAUGCUCGCUCUCCUGGUGUGAAAAGCCAACGAAGCAAACCAUCAGGCCGCAAUGGUGAUAGAACUAAUUUCAAAUCCAAAUCUGAACCACGGCCAGGAAAUGGCCAAAAUACCAAGGGCGACAAACCUCAAGGUUUCAACAAAAGAAACAGAACUGGUAAGUUCGACAAGACACAAAAUCGUGGGGGUAAAGCAUCUGAUCGCUCUUCUAGAUUCAAGAAGCCUAGAACUGCAGCAACAACACACACCACGCAGCUUCAGCUCAGGCGUCGAGAGGAAGGAGGAGGAGGGGGUCAGCCUCGCUCGGUUCCGGCGGCCAUGGCGGUGGCGGCGCCCGGCCAGCUCAACCUCGACGAGUCCCCCUCGUGGGGCUCCCGCAGCGUCGACUGCUUCGAGAAGCUCGAGCAGAUCGGCGAGGGCACCUACGGGCAAGUUUACAUGGCCAAGGAGACGGAGACGAACGAGAUCGUCGCGCUCAAGAAGAUCCGCAUGGACAACGAGCGCGAAGGCUUCCCCAUCACGGCCAUACGCGAGAUCAAGAUUUUGAAGAAGCUCCACCACCAGAACGUUAUCCAGCUCAAGGAGAUCGUCACCUCUCCAGGCCCAGAGCGAGAUGAGCAAGGGAAGCCAAUCGAGGGUAACAAGUACAAGGGGAGCAUCUACAUGGUCUUCGAGUACAUGGAUCAUGAUCUUACUGGGCUUGCAGAUAGGCCUGGGAUGCGGUUCACUGUGCCUCAGAUUAAGUGUUACAUGAGGCAGCUACUUACAGGCCUGCACUAUUGCCAUGUUAAUCAAGUGCUGCAUAGAGAUAUUAAAGGAUCUAACCUCUUGAUAGACAAUGAGGGUAACUUGAAGCUUGCUGAUUUUGGCCUUGCAAGAUCAUUCUCAAGUGACCACAAUGGAAACUUAACAAACCGUGUGAUCACUUUGUGGUAUAGACCUCCUGAGUUGUUACUCGGGAGCACGAGGUAUGGUCCAGCCGUUGACAUGUGGUCAGUGGGUUGUAUUUUUGCUGAGCUUCUCAAUGGAAAGCCAAUAUUGACAGGAAAGAAUGAGCCAGAGCAACUGUCUAAAAUUUUUGAGCUUUGUGGUACGCCCGACGAGUUAAUCUGGCCUGGUGUCACAAAAAUGCCAUGGUACAACAAUUUCAAGCCUCAACGACCAAUGAAGAGACGGGUUAAAGAGUCCUUUAAGCACUUUGAUCAGCACGCGCUGGAUCUUUUAGAGAAGAUGUUAACUUUGGAUCCAUCACAGAGGAUAUCGGCAAAAGAUGCACUUGACGCGGAGUAUUUCUGGACUGAUCCCUUACCGUGUGAUCCAAAGAGCUUGCCGAAGUAUGAGGCGUCUCAUGAGUUCCAAACUAAGAAAAAACGCCAGCAGCAGAGGCAAGCAGAGGAAGCCGCAAAGCGCCAGAAAUUGCAGCAUCCUCCACCACAUUCCCGUUUGCCUCCAAUCCAGAACCCAGGCCAACCACACCAAAUCAGGCCUGGCCAGCCUAUGCAUAAUGCACCACCUGUGGCAGCUGGCCCAAGUCAUCACUAUGCAAAGCCGCGAGGACCUGGAGGCCCUAAUAGGUACCCACAAGGCGGGAACCAAGGAGGCUACAAUCCGAACCGCGGUGGACAGGGAGGAGGCUAUGGGAGUGGCCCAUAUCCACAGCAAGGACGAGGUCCUCCCCCUUAUCCUGGUGGUGGCAUGGGCGGAGCCGGUGGUCCGAGGGGUGGUGGUGGCAGUGGCUAUGGUGUUGGCGGACCAAAUUAUCAACAGGGUGGACCUUAUGGUGCAUCUGGUCCAGGUCGAGGCCCGAACUAUAAUCAAGGUGGUUCUCGCAAUCAACAACAGUAUGGAAACUGGCAAUAGCACGGCGGUAUCAUGAGCAGCAAAUGCCCUUCCGGUAGGACUCUGUAUGUUGAAAGAACCUCUGAUGUUGUAUUUGAGAUAUACUUUUUGCAUGGUGUAUUCAGAUCCAGGCAUCUCUCGGAAGUAUGAUGUUUAUGACUAGCUGUAUAGUAUGGCACUGAUGUGAUUCCCAAUGUUUGAUGUACUAGUAUUAUUAUUACUGCAAGAAUGUGGAAAGACAUGAAAAGUUUGUUAUCAGGAUCAAAACUUCGUGUUGGUA